GCGGCUCGCCGCUUCUCCACCUCCCGUCUCCCCUCCUCCUCCCGGCCACCUCUCCCUCCUCUCUCGCCUCAUCGAAACAAACGGCACAGGCUCAUCCUCCGCCGCCGCCGCCUCUCGCCGGAAGGUACGGACCACCACCAUUCGUGAGAGAGAGGCCCGCCGCUGGUUAACCGGUAUGCGGCCGCUCGCCGGGAUCCACCGCGCCACCUAGCGUCCCCACCGCAGCCGCGGCCGCGUGCCUCGUCGCGAUGGCGUCCGACCAGCACCCCAUCGACUCCUUCCUCGCCGCCGCCCGCGGCGCCCUCGCCCACCUCCACCUCCCCAUCCACAUCCCCGGAUCCGACCCCACCAAGCAGAGGCAGCAGCAGCAGCAGCGCCAGCCUGACUGCCUCCUCCACCUCCACGUCGUCCUCACCAACUUCCUCCACAAGCCCCUCAGGUCAUUCUCGAGAUGCUUCGGCAACGACGACAAGCCCAAGCGGGGCCGGAACAAACAGUUGCCGCCCGUGGACACGGGAAAAAAGCACCAGCAGCAGCAGCAGCUGGAGCUGCUGCUCUGCAUUGCGUUCGACGCCUUGGCGCACAACCUGCAGGUGCUGGAGGGCGCCUGCAAGCAAAAGGGCGAGGAAUUCGGCAGCGCCGCCCUGCAGAUGGAUCAGUUUCAGGUUGUCAGGAAGGUUAUCGUCGGUAAGAAGGCUGAUUUCGAUGGCUUCAUUUCCAACCUGGGGUUUGCCAGGGUGGGGGCGCCACCGGCAAGCUUUGUCGAUGACUCGCCGGUCUCAGCGCCGCCGGCUGCUGGCCAGGAGGGACCUGCAAGUGUAACUGGGGACAGGGAGGGGGUUGACAGUGGUGGUUAUUCUGCACAACAACCACCACAAAAGUUUGCUGGUCGGUUGCUCAACAUCCCGCUGUCGAAUGUGGAGCGGCUGCGGUCAACCCUGUCCACGGUUUCGCUCACGGAGCUGAUUGAGUUAGUUCCGCAGUUGGUUGGCAGAUUGUCGACUUCUGGGGAUAGCCAUCCAGACAAGAAGAAGCUUUUCUCCGUGCAGGACUUCUUCCGGUACACUGAAUUUGAAGGAAAGCGAUUUUUUGAGGAAUUGGACAGAGAUGGUGAUGGCCAAGUCACCCUGGAAGAUCUUGAAGUUGCAAUGAGAAAGAGGCGAUUGCCGAGGAGGUAUGCUCGGGAUUUGUUACGGCGUACCAGAAGUAACUUCUUUUCAAAAUCGAUUGGGUGGAAACAAUUUCUAUCCUUGAUGGAGCAGAAGGAGGCAACAAUACUACGGGCAUACACCACAUUAUGUUUGAGCAAGUCCGGCACACUUCAGAAAAAUCAAAUCCUUGAAUCGUUAAAAGGUGCAGGCCUUCCGGCCAAUGAAGAUCAUGCUUCUGCCAUGUUGCGCUAUCUAAAUGCAGAUUCGGAGGGAUCAAUCUCAUAUAGCCAUUUUCGCAGCUUCAUGCUUCUACUUCCUUCAGAGCGCCUUGAAGAUGAUCCUCGGAACAUUUGGUUUGAAGCUGCAACUUUGGUUGCUAUUCCCCCACCUGUAGAAAUAUCCACCGGAAAUGUGUUGAAGUCAGCUUUAGCUGGAGGCCUUGCUAGUGCACUUUCUACCUCUAUGUUGCAUCCUAUUGAUACAAUGAAGACACGUGUUCAAGCAUCUACGCUCUCAUUUCCAGAGCUCAUUUCAAAGCUUCCACAAAUUGGGAUUCAAGGACUGUAUCGAGGUUCUAUCCCUGCAAUUCUAGGACAGUUUUCAAGCCAUGGUUUGAGGACAGGAAUCUUUGAAGCAAGUAAGCUCAUAUUAGUAAGAGUGGCUCCAACACUUCCUGAGAUUCAGGUGCAAUCAUUGGCUUCCUUCUGCAGCACAAUCCUGGGAACCGUCGUCCGUAUUCCUUGUGAGGUUCUUAAGCAACGUUUACAGGCUGGAAUCUUUGACAAUGUGGGGGAGGCCAUUGUUGGUACCAUGCAAAAAGAUGGCAUAAGGGGCUUCUUCCGUGGCACUGGAGCCACUCUUUGUCGUGAGGUUCCUUUCUAUGUCGCUGGAAUGUGCCUUUAUGGUGAAGCUAAAAAGGCGGCACAGCAUGUCUUGAGCAGAGACUUGGAACCAUGGGAAACCAUAGCAGUUGGAGCACUGUCUGGAGGUCUUGCAGCGGUUGUCACCACCCCCUUCGACGUGAUGAAGACCCGGAUGAUGACUGCCCCUCCAGGCACGCCAGUCUCCAUGCAGUUGAUAGUCCUCUCCAUCCUACGGAAUGAGGGCCCUCUCGGGCUCUUCAAGGGUGCGAUCCCGCGCUUCUUCUGGAUUGCUCCUCUCGGAGCAAUGAACUUUGCAGGGUAUGAGCUCGCCAAGAAGGCGAUGAUCGAAGCCGAGAGCGAGCCCACCGACUCCCUACAUGAGAAGAAAACCAUGGUGGGUGCAAGAGGAUGACUGGUCCAUCCACCCGGCUUGGCUGGUUACGUCUGUGGUGUAAACAGAGAACUAGAACCAUGCAACAGAAGUUUUUGUGCCCUUGUUGCAAAAGAAACAGGACGUUUUUUUUCACAAUCCUUCUUACCAAAUGUUAGGUUCUUGGGUCCUUUCCCAUUUGAGGAUAUCUUUUUCUAUCUAUAUAUAGGCCUUUUGCUCCCUUUACACCCCUGUAUGUAUAAUAGAUGACUGGAACUACAAGAGUUGGCAUGCCACUCUUUCUUCCUGCGGAGCUUACUUUCACUUGUUAU